UGUUCCUAUCAGUAUUUAUCAUUUUCUUUGUAGAUAAUGGAAUUUAACCCGUUAUAUUUGAAAUACUUGUUCCUUGCACAAUGCUUCUGUGUUUCUCUUGGAAUAAUUGAGGGUGGCACAAAAUUUACCAGGAAGAAUCAACCAGUAACUUUUGAAUGUCCUGUUGAAAAGCAAAACUUUAAACACUGGCAAAUUGAUGGAACAGUCAUUAACAGAAUUUAUAAUACUUUAAGCAUUAAAGCAAAUGUGUUUCCUAACAAUGUCAGCAUCAUAAACAUCACACUUCUUGAAAAUAAUGAGCAAGCAAUUGUUUGUGAAAUCACCACUGAUAAGAUAAGAUUUUAUGCAAGACCAUUAUUCAAUGACAGUGGGAAUCUUUACCCAAGUUUUGAAACACCAAAUGCCAUAAAGGAUAAAAAAUUCACAUUGAAAUGCAAAGUUGGUGGUGAUACAAGAUAUUGGUAUACUAGAAAUGGAACAAUUAUUGCUAAAUACGGUGGAACAGUCGACCAAAAUAAACAUCCUAAAUAUUUUGGUAGCCGUCAAGAAACUAGUUGCCAAGAGAAAAUCUGCACAUUGAGUAUAACCAGCAUUAGUUUAGAUGAAGACAACAUGAGCAUUAUUUGCAGUUCUGGUCUCCAUGGAAGCAUGUUCAAUAUUACAGUAUUUGUUUUACCAAAAUCAGUCACAAUCAAGAAUAUUUCUAACACAGUUCCUGUGGAAAAUCAGAACAAAAGUUAUGAAUGCCUUAUUAAAGACACCAAACCUGAAUAUUCAGUCUAUUGGUUGAUUACUAAGAAUGAUGGAACACAAAAAAAUGCCACAAAGUAUAUUUCAAACAAGUCAAGCAAAUCAGGAAAGCUGAGCACUUUAUCAUCAGAACUGACAUUAACCCUUAAUAAGAAUUUUAAGGAAUUACAGUGUGUUGCAUAUUUUCCGGGUAAAAGUGAAUUUGUUAACCAUUCAAAGGAACUCGAUUUGCAUAUAAAAUAUUCUCCAGAAGACAGUAUGAUACUAGAUGUUUCUGGAGGAAAAGUAUGUGUUGAUACUCCAACCAAAUUCCGCUGCAGUUGGAAAGGUGGUAAUCCAUCAGCAAGUGUAACCCUGGAGUAUGAAAAAUACUCAAAUACUAGUAAAGAAGAAGUUGAAAUUAAUGUAAUACCUUCCAAAUCUCAUCAAACAGUCAAGUGUCGAGGCAUUCAUAUUGCUGCAAAUGUGUCUCGUGAAAAGAAUUUAACUAUUCAUUAUCCACCUAAAACAAUAGAAAUCAAGACUGAUGAACCCUUUCUUGAAGGUCGCAAAGGUAUUUUGCAUUGUAAGGCAAUAAAUGGAUAUCCAGAAAAGUACAGCUACAGGUGGGAUCCAAGUAACAAGACCUCACAAAAUUUAACACUUUCUCAACUCAAUCGAACACACAAUAAUGAGGUUUACACUUGUUAUGCUUCUAACAAGUGCAGUAAAAGAGAAUUACAUAAAAAACAUUGGAUCAAUGUAGAAUGUAAGUUGAAAGCUUAAAAUUCUAUUACAAACCUGUAAAAUAAUUUAUUUACAUUCAUUACAGAAAAGUACUACGAUCUUUUCAUCUUUGUUAAUUUUGGUUUUUACCCCAAAAUCUU